CCUUUUCCAAAAGAAAACAAAGACACUACAAUAUGACAUGAUAUAAUUUCCAGACUGUUUUUUGGAACUUCAUUUUCCAUCUUCUCCAAUAAUUUUCAAGAAAACUCCCUCCUUUGUUUUCAGCAACCAUCAGAUUCUCAUACUCUCUUUGAUCAUUUUUCAGCAUCAUUGAUUUGAAGAGUAAGAAAAGAUUGUAUCUUGGCAAUCUUGGUAUACUAUACCUUAGCAAUUUCAAAGUCCCUUUUCUUGCCCUUUUUGCUUUUGGGUUCUUGGCUCAGAUCUGCUUUACUGAUUGGGCUUUCAAUUUUUAAUGCUCAAGAGGUAAGUUCUUGGUGGGUUUUUUUUUUUGUUUGAAGAGGUAAGUGUUUAUGCUUGAAUUUGGUUUGUGCUUUUGAGGAUUUUCAUUGAGAGAGUGAGGAUAAAUAUAUGCACUGGAUAGGUUCCUUAUGAAGUAAAAUUGUGUCUGAUUGGGAGUCAGUGGUGUGUGAUUCAAGAAUAGGGUUUCUCACCUUUCUGUUGAUGCCCUUUUGUGUUGGAGUGCUUAUUGCUGGUGCUUGUAUCGGGUGUUGAAUUUGUGAAGACAAGGAAAAGUGAGAAACAGGGACAAAAAAGAAUCUUGGGUUGGUUCAGGUUCAGGCAGGGGUGAAUGAUGAAGGUCCAGGGAACAGGGGUCUUCGGCAUAUUGCUUCUGCUGAUUAUGUGUAUGGUUGCACCCUCUGUGGAAGCUCAGACGACUUCGUUUUUCAUAAAUUGUGGGACAAAUUCCAGUGCAAAUGUUGAUGGAAGGAGAUGGGUUGGUGACACAGCUCCCAGGAACAAUGUCACCCUCAGUGCCCCAGGAAUUGAGGCCUCUACUACUAUGUUCAAUGGAGAUCCAGUAUAUGAGCCACUUUACAAAACUGCUAGAAUUUUUACCGAUACUCUGAAUUAUACUUUUCAAAUACCAAAUGGGGAUUAUUUUCUUAGGCUUCACUUUUAUCCGUUGGCAUUUGAUGGAUAUAAUGCUAAUGAGUCUUACUUCUCUGUUGUGGCAAAUGGUUUGGGGCUAGUUUCGGAGUUUAAUGUUCCUGGUGAGAUUUCGGAUAAGAAUUUGAACUUGCUAGGGUCUGGAGCCAAUUCCAGCUAUUUCUAUUUGUUGAAGGAGUACCUGUUUUCUGUUGACACAAAUGUGAUGGUUGUGAACUUCAUUCCAUCCAAAGGGUCAUUCGGUUUUGUGAAUGCAAUCGAAAUUAUUCCAGAGGGAAAUAGGCUGUUUGCGGAUGCAGUGAGCAGAGUGGGUGCAAAUGGUGGCAGUAGCUCAUUGAACAUGAGAGGGAUGGAAACCAUGUACAGAUUGAACGUUGGUGGUUCGACUAUUGAACCCUCAGAUGAUUCGCUUUUGUGGAGAACAUGGGAAGCAGAUUCAAGUUACAUGAUCAAUGCAGAUGCUGGUUCAGUAAUAAGAAACCGAUCUAAUAUUACUUAUGCCAACCCAAACAACACUGCCGUGGCUCCUCUUCUGGUGUAUGAAACAGCGAGAACUUUGACAAAUACUGAAGUCAUGGAGAAGAGAUUUAACAUGUCGUGGAAGUUGGUUGUUGAUCCAGAUUUUGAGUAUCUGGUCCGCCUGCACUUCUGCGAACUGGUUUAUGAUAAGCCAAAUCAAAGGAUUUUCAGAAUAUUCGUGGACAACAAAACUGCCGCCGACAACUUUGACAUCUAUGUUCGAGCUGGAGGAAUGAACAAGGCGUAUCAUGAGGAUUAUGUCGAUUCUAUUUCCUCCAGAAGCAACACCAUUUGGAUACAACUAGGUCCUGACCCUACAACAGGUUCUGCUGGAACUGAUGCUCUCUUGAACGGUUUGGAAGUGUUCAAGCUUAGUCGCAAUGGCAAUCUAGCUUAUGUAGAAACCUACAGCAAUGUGAAAGUGAAGAAAACGUCCAGAAGUUUGAUCCUUUGGGUGAGCAUAGGAGCAGGUAUUGCUUCCAUUGCAAUACUUGCAGCUAUAUGUAUGCUAAUUGUCUGGUUCUGUCGAAAGAAAAGAGAAGACAAUGAUGCCAAGAAGAGCCCCCCCGGUUGGCGGCCUUUGUUCCUCCAUGGAUCUGUCAUGAACAGUACCACCAACGCAAAAGGAUCAACUAGCUACCAGAAUCCGAAUGGACAAUUUGGUACUGUUAGAUCUGGACGGCGUUUUACAUUAACAGAGAUUAGAGCAGCAACCAAUAAUUUUGAUGAAAGUCUAGUCAUUGGAGUUGGAGGAUUUGGUAAGGUGUACAAGGGAGAGAUGGAUGAUAGCACCCUUGCUGCAAUUAAGCGAUCCAAUCCCCAAUCUCAGCAGGGCCUCAAAGAAUUUGAGACCGAGAUUGAAAUGCUGUCCAAACUAAGGCACAGGCAUCUUGUGUCUUUGAUUGGAUUCUGCGAUGAACAGAACGAAAUGAUCUUGGUAUAUGAGUACAUGGCUAAUGGAACUCUCAGGAGUCAUCUAUUCGGGAGUGACUUACCGUCGUUAAGUUGGAAGCAACGACUAGAAAUUUGCAUUGGUGCAGCCCGAGGACUGCAUUACCUUCACACAGGUUCAGAGAGAGGUAUUAUUCACAGGGAUGUCAAGACAACCAACAUAUUGUUGGAUGAGAACUUUGAUGCUAAAAUGGCUGAUUUUGGGCUGUCCAAGACUGGCCCUUCACUAGAGCACACACAUGUAAGCACUGCUGUCAAAGGAAGCUUUGGUUAUCUCGAUCCUGAAUAUUUCAGAAGGCAGCAAUUGACUGAAAAAUCCGAUGUCUACUCAUUUGGCGUGGUCCUCUUUGAAGUUGUUUGUGCAAGAGCUGUUAUUAAUCCAACAUUGCCGAAAGACCAGAUCAAUCUUGCAGAAUGGGCAAUGCGUUGGCAAAGGAAAAAAUCACUCAAAAGCAUUCUUGACCCUCAACUCAAAGGAAAUUAUUCUCCAGAAUCAUUAGUGAAAUUUGGAGAUAUUGCAGAGAAAUGUCUAGCCGAUGAGGGGAAGAGCAGGCCGACAAUGGGAGAAGUUUUAUGGCACUUGGAAUAUGUGUUACAGCUUCACGAAGCUUGGUUGCGCAGCAAUGCUGGAGAUAGUUCCGUUUCCAUAGUUGAGGAUUUGGGUCCUAUUCACGAGGGAGAAUCUGAGGAGGUUCUCGACGCUGCAAAUUCAGAUACUGGUACAGAGAUUAAAACUAAGGAAGAUGGCGAAUCAGUGUCAAGGACAGAUAGAGAUCCAAUGGAUCCCAUGGCUGUUGGGGUCGAUGAAUUUUCACAGAUGGUAAACCAACAGGGAAGGUGAAGGCCAGAGGCUAUGCUGGAAAUGGAUCCGCGCAUUCUGCAAAUACUUUUUCACAAUUUUCCAUGUGCAUGCACCUCAGGCAUUGAGAGCAAGGAUUACUUGUUCAAGAAACUUUAAAAUUAAUCAGGCUGAAUUCUUUUAUUCUUGUUUGAUGUCUGAAUCAACAUGAUGCAUAUCAGGCAUUGAAGAUUAUGUAUGCUGUUUUUCAUUGUGUUUUAGGCUUUGGCAUCAAAUGCUGGUCGUCCGUCUUCCAUUAAUGUUAUGUGAAAGAGCUUGAAUGACUGCGAUGGAGGGAGAGUAGCGCAUUUGGACAGGAUUUGUUUCAUGGUGUUGUUACAUCUGUAUACUUUUUUGAGUUGUAAUGAGUUUGGUUUCUUGUUGUUGUUGCGUGCAUCCUCAUAUUUUGUAUUUAUGGAAGUCUCAACUUUUCUCCUCAGCUACCGUUUUUGAUUUUGGACA